GUCAUCGCCCACCAGUCUCUCCCACCAUAAUAAAAAACGUCAAAAUACUGAAAUGUGGGUUUCGGUGGGUGGUGAAGAGACAACAAGACAAUUUGGCUCAAAAAAUCUUUAAUGUCACCGACAAAGCAUCUUGCAGGUGUGGCUAGCCGCCAGCAAACAUUGAAACAUGUCUAACUUUUAAAAGGGCACAACUCGCCAAUCUGUAAUGCGGCACCAUAGGGGGGUUUAUGUAGCGUUUUUAAAUGCCUCUCUUUGCAGCUAAAUCUGCUGACAUGAUGGCCGGAGAGGCGAGUAGCAAAAAGAAAGGCAAAAUCGGAAGGCAGGAGUCCUGCAAAUCGUCGGGCAAAGAUGAUCUGGAUGAGAGACCAAUUGCAGGAGCCAGCAGUACACAAGACAAAACAAGAACUGGUAUCAGGGUUUACAAAAUCGUUGUCCUAGGUGAUGGAGGUGUGGGUAAAUCAGCUGUCACACUGCAAUUUGUCAGCCAUAGCUUUUUGGAUUAUCAUGACCCCACAAUCGAGGAUUCUUAUCAGCAACAAGCUGUUAUUGAUGGAGAACCUGCUCUUUUGGACAUACUGGAUACAGCUGGACAGGUUGAAUUCACAGCAAUGCGGGAUCAGUACAUGAGAUGUGGCGAAGGUUUUUUAAUAUGCUACAGUGUUACGGAUCGCCACAGUUUCCAGGAAGCACUGGAGUACAAAAAACUGAUACAGAAGGUUAGGGCUUCUGAAGAUACACCUUUAGUGCUCGUUGGUAAUAAGUUCGACCUCCACGCUCAACGCAAAGUGUCGACCGAAGAAGGUAAGUCUUUGGCUCGCCAGCUGGGCUGUCCUUUCUACGAGACUUCGGCUUGUCUGAGAACGUACGUGGACGAUGCGUUCCAUACGUUAGUGAGGGAGAUUAGGCGUAAAGAGAGGGAAAAACUGGGAUUGCAUGGAGGAGACCGAAAGGCGAACAGGCACAGCAAAUGGUGGAGACUUAGAAGCAUACUCGCGUUAGUCUUCAAAAGAAAAAAGCAGAAUUUUAAUUCUUAGAUGUGCUGCAGUUGCGCUUGUGUUGUCGCUUUUUUAGCCGUGUUGGUCGAGAAAACGAGGUGAAAAGAUAUGCUUGGUGUCAACGGUGUUCCUGAAAUAUUUGCAUAUUUUUAUGGGCUCUGACACUUUGGUUAAAAAACGAUUUUCGUUUAAGAGUUAUCUGAAAUCAUAUACCCUCUCGCGUGAAAAUAUUUUUUAUUUCACAUCAUUAAAAUCGGAACUAUAGCAUUGUAAAAACUGGAGUAACAUCAAACUAUUUGGGGCUGUGAAUAGCCCCUUUUACAGUGUAACGUGUUCAACGUGGACACAGCGUCACUUUUGUCGUUAGUACGUAUAUAAUUUACACUACAGAAAUGCACGUUUUAUUGACGUUAAUACGAUGCUAAAAACGCGACGUGUUUAACGGUAAUUCACUUAGUGCCGUGUCGUCAGUCGUUCUACAAUAAAUUGUAGGACGCCUUUAUGGCCUGCUUGGUUGUCAUAGGCUUUUCUCUCCUUCAGAAAGGCUGAGGUAUUUCUAGAGUUCUAAUGUUCCGUGUCAGCGUCAUACUCUCCUAUUGUGAGGUUAUGACUUCUUUAUGGUGAUACAACAGAUGAUAAAAGUCAAGUUUUAUCAGCCUGAAAUUUCUUAGGAAUCAAAAGAAAACAUAACCUCAAAAUACGCGCUUACACGAAACCUUUUUUAAGGGCCUACAAUUGUAGGAAGGACUGACGAUACGGCCAUUAGAUAACAAAUCACUCUGGUACGAGCCACUAGAUAUUUUUGGAACCCGUUACGUAUAUCUUGUAUGGUGUAUUUGAAAUAUGGCGUAUUUAUUAUUUUUGCACGUAUUGCAAUAUGCUUCAGGCUGCCAGAUCAUUUUUAGUAUUCGUACACUAAACCCAGACCAAAUGUAUAUGAAUGCAAUUUAGCUUCCCUUUUGAUUUGACAUUUUAUCAAUGUCUAUCAAUGCAGAAUCAUAUAUGUAUAUGUUUGUCAUAGGCCUAACGAAGUAACUUAGGAUUAAACUUAAAUCAAAAUAACUAGGGAGAGAAAUGGAAGGAUAUACAUCCAUCCAGAGAUUGGGGGAACAUUCAUAUUUUAUUUGUUGCGGCAUUGUGCUGUUUUCAUUUCAUUUUCAGCAAACUAAAUGCUGCAUGAUUUUGGCAAAACGGUCAUUCUUAAGCUUCCUAACUACACAGUUCCAAUACAUAGAUUUAUGAGAAUCAAUAGAAAUUAUUAUGAUGUUUGGAAGGAAAUUUUGCAUUUAUUAAUAUUAUUGUUGAUGAAUUGAUUUGUUUGUUUUACCUGCACAAUAUAUUUUUUAACACACCCUGAAAGUUGUAUACUGCUUUUCUGGCGAUAGAGUAAUAUCAAAAAGUAGUUAUGUCACUUUGUGGAAUGCCUUUAUAGGCUGUCAGUGGGUUCCAUUGCCCUUGGGAGUCAUCUGCAUUAUAUUAGGAAAGCCGAUUUUUUUGUUACAUCAUCGAUAAAAACUAGUCACAGAACUGCCAAGUAAAAACAGUGUUGUAGAGGCGGUGUUGCUAUGCUGUCAUAAAAUAUUGAUAAAAUGCUGCAUUUAUACUAAACAAAAUGGAGCUCGACUCUUUACACGCUUUUCGGUGGUUACGUCGAAAAGUCAUACGAAAUAAAUAAACAUAUCGUCUUGAGCCAGGCUGUGUAGAUAACUCGCGACCAUGUCAAAUAGACGGACUAACUUACAUGUUUUGAGAAUAGCUUCUCUCGCAAAAGGAGUGAUUUAUUACUUUAUUAGAUAAAAAAUAUAUUUCGUAGGCAGCAAAUGGAUGAUAUAUGUCACCACCAAGAAUAAAUGUUCAAACAAAAGUAAAUUUGAACAUAAAACGCGUUCACCACAGGUGAUGGUCGAUGAAUUAAUCCAAAAAUGAUUAUCUGUCUUGCAACACCGCAUUUACAACCGCUGUUUUGUGGACGCCAUGUUUUUGGAGUCAUCUGUCUAAUUUUAUUCGCCUUGUCUGUCUGCUUUUAUAUAACUACUCUUUGGUGUUAAUGAUAACUUUUUUAUUGUUUAGUAUAGAAGCAUAUAUUUUCGGAAAAUGAGGUCUUACCAAAAUAUAUUUGGUGCGUUAUUAGUGUUUGUACAUUGACAUUUCACGCUAAAAUUAUGCAAUAUGCAUCUUAGCCAGCAUGAGAAAUAAUUUUCAAACCAUUUUUACGUUUCUAGUCAUUUUUGAACGAGCUACAUGUUAGAUUAAAUGAAGUAUUUAUAGUCAGGUAAGAUAUAUAUGUUAUUUGCUACAUAAUUUUUGUUUAACUGUAUUUGGAUUGAACAAUGGCACAACAAAGAACAAAUAUAUGAUGCUGUUGAUGACAUAGUUGUUAUUUCUCUAUUAUUUUAAGGUUGUUUGACUUUUUGAGCUUCACGUAUAUUGUGGACAAUCAUAUUUGGACAAUCCAAAUACAAUAUAUUUCAGAUGAUCUGUACAUGCAGUUACCUCUAGCAUAGUCAUGUGUAUUUAAAUGAUGUAGAGGGAACAAACAUGUUUCUAUUUCUACAUUCUAGCCAUGUAGUAUUGUUUAUUUUCUAUUUGUCAGUAUUUUUAUACUCAGUUUUGCGAUUUAUCGAAGUGUAUGUACAAAAGUACAUUACUUCAUUUGGGAGUAUAGCUGUGGCAUUAAAUAAUAAGUAAUGGUAACCAUGUAGGUGCUAGUCGUUUUCCAUGAGGUCGGCAAAAUGUUGGGACCAAUGUUGGCCUACUUUUCUGGCUUCAUUUCCCCGUGCUAUCACGUUUUUUAUAUUGCACUUAUACUUUGAAGCUUUUAUCGCGUUUGUGGCUUCUACCAAAAACAAAAAAAAUUGUUUAAAAGUACCAAGAUUAUAGCAAUAAUGCAUACGCACGCAGUAGUUACCAAGCCGGAUCUAUAAAUGUACUCCCGUACAACAGUGUUGUCAUAUGCAGCUAUUUAUCGCAGAUUACAGAAAGGCUUGCAACCAAAGAACGUAUUUAGGUUUAUAAUGAACCCUGUACUCUGCCCCGAUCCCUUUGCAGAUGCUGACACUAAAACAAAUGAUCAUGUAACAUUUUUCGCUGGUAUGAAUUUUUGCACUAUUUCUCAUUAGAGUUUUUCUAACAAAAAAAUAUUGCAUAGUAUUUUGUACUUGGUGUAUUACUAAGAAAUUUUGCGGUGUACGAUGAUGUAUUGUUAUAAUGUCAAAAAGGACUGUGUACUAUUUAUCUAAUUUCUAGGUCAUACUUUUCUGUUUUUUAAUAAACAAAACAAAAAUUGCGCAUGUUAGUUAUUUGGAAACUUUGGUGAACGAUUCUGACACUAAUUUGGGUGCAUCUUUGGGAUCCUGAGAUAAAAACACAACCCAAGCAGUGGGUUCAUAACUGUUGCCUCUUUAGAUUACUAAAGAAAAAUCUUUACUGACGCCGUUUUAACUCGGAUAAUGGCGUAAAAGCAGACGUCGGCCACUUUUUUAGAGGCAAUAGAGAACAUUUUCUUAAAAGGGUAUAGUUAACUACAGGAAAAGUAGCACAAGUGUAUUUAGAGGGGGGAAUAUCUUGGAAAAUAAUACUAUCAAAAAUCUCGUAUGUCUGUUGUUUCGUGUCUAGGUAGAUUUCUUUUCUAGUACCCCUCCAAUAUUCUUUGUAGCUCAUGUAUGACGAAGAUUGUAAUAGAAAAGGAUCUUGUUAAGCAGAGAACUUUAAGAAAGUAAAAAAUCACAUGAUGCCUACUCAAAUUCAAGCAUUGCCGAGACUGUGUGCAGUUCGUUGUAGUCAAAUAUUGAAGUGAAAAACAAGUGCACCAUUCUCAGUAAGGAUUAUGUAUAAAAAUAUAAAUUCAAUGUAGCUUCAUUGCAAGGUGGUCAGGAGCGUAGCAUAGGGAUCAAUCCAAUUUAUCACUUUUGUCAGCUGCUUCCAGAGAAUAUUAAUUGUUUCUGUUUUGUACCACUUGUUGCUGGAGACUCUGUAUAAGUUCUGUUUAAUUUUGUUAGAGGAAAAGUAUAGUUACAGGGUGCCUAGACAUGUAUUGCUAUAAGUAUUGAAAUGUUGAAUUUAACCCAAUAUAAUAUAGCUUUAAUGUAAAUUUAUAUAUAUUUAAUGUUUUUUAUGAUUUUUUUAAUUGUAUUUAAAAUACAUUCUUUUUUACAAA